AGCACCCUAUAAGGACCAAUGUACCCAAUAGCUCAUGGAAGAAAAAAGUCAAAUCAGGACAUCCUUGGUUUCCAGGCUACCCAAAUAUGGAACGAAAGCUUUAGGAAGUGUCUUGCAACCUAUGCCAAAUGGGACGGCUGUUAGUUUAGCAGGGAAUAAUGGUGGCAAAAAUUUUGGCAAGCACAAUGGCACUGUUCGCAUGUCUUCCUUUUCUUUCAACUGGAAAAAAUCAAAUAAAUAUCAACUUAAUGAUCAAAAUGGGAGAGAGACCAACUCUAAACAUAACUGUAAUGAAAAAUUAAUCAGUUCUGAGAAGUAUUCUCAAUCUCAAGGAGCAUUGGGUAAUGAUGUGCUCAGGGUGGGUUUGAACAGUACUGCUUCGGUUGCAUCAAAAGCAGCAAAGCAAACCAAUAUGUUUGUAUCUUCUACUGACGAAUUAAACCCAAAGUCUUUGCCUGGACUUUCUAGUUCAGCAAAAUUCGCCAAAGGUACCCUGUCAGGAAGGACCUCUUAUUCUGGACUCAGUGCUCCAAAAUCACAUUUAAAUGGAUUUUAUGGAAAUAGGCCGGUGGGAGGUUUGCAGAGACCUAGAGCUAAUUCCAGUGCCACAAGGACAAGUUCAGGAGAAAGCCUGGCACAAUCCACAGACAGUAGCAAGGCUUUUUCCUGUGAAAAAAUGGUAAGAUCACAAAGUUUUUCACAUUCCAUUCAGAAUUCUUUCCUUCCCACUGCAUCUUUAACCAGGUCACAUUCCUUUAACAAAGCUGUGGAUCUUACAAGGCCUUAUCAUAGUCAAAAUCUAGCUGCCAGGACAUCUCAGAGGUCGACUUUGUUGUCAAGAAAUGCACAUCAGUUGGAUGUACCGAAUGGAAAUGAGCCUAUGAAGUAUGGAUUUACCAGGCCCUACUCUGGUAUGUCAGCUCCUUGUUCAAAGAAGCCCCCACUGUCAAAUGGAUCUGGGUCAGGACCUUCUUUUGGAUACAGAUUAAGUCGGCCUUCUCUGCUGAAGCCUACCAGGCAGCGAUUUGCUGGAAAUAUUGUGGAUGGCAGCACAGGUACAACUCCUGACACAUGCAUCGUGGAGAACUCUGAAAUUUCAACAAAUAUAAAUAGAGCAAUUGAGAAAAACAGUAUUAUAGAGAGCAAUGCUCAAAGAACAGAAUCUGAUGAGGGCCUGCAUGAAAGUAUGGGAAAACAAGGAUCAAAAGUCAUGUGUAUGAGCGAUGAUGGAGAUGAAAUAUCUAUAUCUUCUUUGUCAUCCUCUGAAAAAAAUGAUUUGAGUGAAGACUUCAGUGAUGAUUUCAUAGACAUAGAAGACCCAAACAGAACUAUACAAAUACAGCAAAAGGAGAGCUGUCUUCAAGAAUUAAAACACGGGAGCAUAACAUCCAUCGAGCCAUUCACUUCUCUCAAGGGAAGUGGAGGAUCUUGCUGUAAUGCUGAUGACUGGCUUGAUAUAAACGUGUCUGCAGUGGAUGACAACAGUGAAAGCACAAAGCAUACCGGCGAGAAUGUGAUUUCUCCAGAGAUGAAUUACAGAGCUGGGUCCUCUUUUGAGCUUUCUCCAUCUGACAGCUCUGAUGGCACAUAUAUGUGGGAUGAAGAAGGGUUGGAACCUAUUGGAAGUGUCCAUCCAUGUGGAAGUUAUGAAUCUUCAGAAAUGAACAGCAUAGAUAUCUUGAAUAAUCUUGAUUCAUGUGAUCUUGAAGAUGAUGAUCUCAUGCUUGAUGUGGACCUGCCUGAGGACCCACCUCAUGACAAAGAGGAAUGUGAAAAUAUGAGCCGUUAUGAUAGACAAGACAGAAAUGCUCGGCAACAUCAGGAAGGGUUCUGGAAAAGAGCACCACAACAGCGAUGGAAUACACAGGAUCACUAUCAUCUUGGCCAUACCGAUCACUAUAUCCAUAGUAAAAAUGAUUUGAACAGGGGAUCAAACUACCUAGAAUCUCCUGUUGGUCACUUUGAAAGCUAUGGAGCACCAAAUUUUUACCAGGCUCCUAGACAGCUGGUGGGCUUACCGGAGAAUACUGUGAUGCUUGAUGAAAUGACACUUCGGCACAUGGUCCAAGACUGCACAGCUGUAAAAACUCAGUUAUUGAAACUGAAGAGAUUACUGCACCAGAACGAUGAAAACGUGUCACUCCAGGACAUCCCACUCUCAGUUCCAUCAAGUCCAGAACCACAAGAACCUGUGUCAACUUUUAAGAUGGACGAUCUGCUGAAUGAGAUCAGGCAGCUUAAAGAUGAACUGAAGAAAAAGGAUGAAACAAUCAACCAAUUAGAGCAUCAACUUGCCACUAGAUGUAACUGCCAGAAAGACAGUCAAAAACCUACAGGAGCAAAGUGCGUGUAUGCUGAUAAAUUUACACAAACCUCCUGGAGGAGGAGUUCUGGUGGGUAUUCUGCUCCCUCCUUCUCUCCCUGGCAGGGCUCAUUCCAGGGCAUCCCUCGGACUGUUCCACCGCACCGCAGACAGACCUCAAGUACUACAGCCUUCCAGCAGCCUUCCCAGUUCCACAGACCUCGCCCAGGGAAAAUUAAUAAAAAUGCCACAUAUCGAGGCCCACAGUGAAUAUCCUAAACAUGGUCUGCAUGAAAAUAGCAAUCAUCAGAAUCAAAAUGCUGCAAAUGCCUCUCUCACAAAUAGCCUGAAAGAUGUAAACACUUUAAUGAGCAUACAGUUAAACAUAAAAGAUGAGAAUAUAUCAUAUUUGGAAAAUUUGAAAAAUAAAAAUUCUGAAGACCCUGGCGAG